AUGGGCAUCUCUUUAUUCUUCUUCUUCUUGUUUAUGGGAUUGUUUGCAGAGAUUAAUGGAAGGAGCCAAGAUGAAGAGUGCAAGGCGUCAAGGUGCAGUCACCAUGGCCCAGUCAUCCGGUUUCCGUUCCGGCUAAAACACCAGUCAGACCACUGUGGAUAUCCGGAGUUUGAGUUAUCAUGCUCAGAAAAUAAGCAGACCAUACUAGAGCCCCCAUAUUCAUUAAAACUCUCCGUGGAGAAGAUAAAUUACACUUCUCAGGAAAUUAUAGGCCGACCCGAUUAUUGCCAUCGCAGGAAGUUUCAAAACUUUAAUUUAUCUGCCUCUCCCUUCCAGUUCACGGAGUCCUACUUAAGGAGCUUCUCCUUUUUCAGUUGUUCAGAAAAUAAAGCAAAGUCAUAUGGGCUUAAGUCUAUCCCUUGCAGUUUUCUCUCAAGUGACCCAGUUUAUGCCAUUGAGUCCAGCUCUUCUCUCUAUUUCACCAACUUAUCCUCUUGCCGGAAGGUUUUCAAGGCUACACUCCCACAUUAUAUAUUUUAUGGGGAAAACCAUAUUUCUAUGAACUGGUCAAUCCCAAUGUGCGGAAAUUGUGAAGCAAAAGGAAAGAAGUGUCAGCGGAAGAAGAGUAAUAGCACAGAACCCGAAAUCGAAUGCAUUGAUAAACCAGAAAAAGAAGUAAUCCUUGGUUUCCUUCACCUCUCGUUGGGAAUAUUUAUAAUCUUUAUUGUCUAUCGCUCCAAUAAAUUAAAAAGAGAGCAUAAAAUAAAUAUUCAAAGGUUUUUAGAAGAUUAUAAAGCUCUCAAGCCCUCAAGGUAUUCUUAUGCUGAUAUUAAGAAGAUCACAAACAAUUUCAAGGACAAAUUAGGUCAAGGAGGUUACGGGACUGUUUAUAAAGGAAGACUCUCAAAUGAAGUUUUUGUUGCAGUAAAGAUUCUUAAUGAUUUCAAAGGGAAUGGGGAAGAGUUCAUUAAUGAAGUGAGAACAAUGGGUACUAUUCAUCAUGUUAAUGUGGUUCGUUUGGUCGGGUUUUGUGCAGAUGGAUAUAAACGAGCUUUAAUUUGUGAAUUCUUACCAAAUGACUCAUUAGAAAAGUUCAUAUUUUCAACAUUUGGUAACAAUCGUUCACUUGGUUGGUGUAAGCUUCAUGAUAUUGCUAUAGGCAUAGCUAAAGGAAUUGAGUAUCUUCACCAAGGUUGUGAUCAAAGAAUCCUCCAUUUUGAUAUCAAACCUCAUAAUAUUUUGCUUGAUCACAACUUUAAUCCGAAGAUCUCUGAUUUUGGUUUGGCCAAAUUAUGUUCUAAGGAGCAAAGCACAGUAUCUAUGACAACAGCAAGGGGGACCAUGGGCUAUAUUGCACCAGAAAUGUUAUCCAGAAAUUUUGGGAGUGUGUCUUAUAAGUCAAAUGUUUAUAGUUUUGGUAUGUUAUUGCUUGAAAUGGUAGGAGGAAGGAAGAAUAUUGAUUUUAUGGUAGAAAACAUUAGUCAAGCAUACUUCCCGGAAUGGCUCUAUAAUCAUUUGGAUCAAGAGCAAGAGGUACACAUCCGAAUUGAGGAAGAAAAUGAUACUAAAAUAGCAAAGAAGCUAAGUAUCAUAGGACUUUGGUGUAUUCAAUGGUAUCUAUCAAAUCGCCCUUCGAUGAAGGUUGUGGUUAGAAUGUUGGAAAGAGAAGAAGACAAUUUAGUCAUGCCUCCUAAUCCUUUUGCAUCUAUGGGACAAACAAGCACAAGUGUUAAAAGACGCAAAACAUCUGUCCAACCAGGGUUGACAGUCAUAUCAGAAAUAGAAUAA